CGAUUAGUGGUCACACUUCAGAUAAGUUGGCUUACCGGGUUUAAUUUGGUGUUGAAUUCAUUUAUUAAUAAAAAUUGCUAUGGCCACAUACGACGAAGUCAAGGAUGUUCCAAAUCACCCGGAAAAGUACCUGUUCGACGUCCGCAACGAGACUGAGCUAAAGGAGACAGGGGUCCUGCCCGCCAGCAUAAACAUUCCAUUGGCCGAGUUGGAGAAGGCUCUGAACUUGCCGGACAACGACUUCGCGAAGACAUAUGGACGCGAAAAGCCGGCGAUCGAUGCGGUCCUGAUCUUCUCCUGCAAGGCGGGAGGACGAGCAGCUAGAGCCGCCAAUUUGGCCAGCACCUUAGGCUUUACCAACGCCAAGGCUUAUGCCGGUUCCUGGACGGAGUGGGAGGCAAAGCAGUCUAAAAAUUGAUUAAAAUUCCUAUAAAAUUCGAUAUACUACAAUAAAAACAAGUCAAGCAAAUUA